AUGGUGUGCGUUCUCCUGGGAAUUAUGGGACUUGCUUUCAAGCAGUUCCAUAAGGAAAGAAGCAGCGGUUUCUGGAGCAACUGGUCUGUGGGACUCUCGUCUAUCGGGUUUCCUAGCGGAAGUGAGGCGAUCUUCGUCGUCUACAACUUCGUCCUCACCAAGAACACUGGAGCUGAAACACAUCAAGCCCGUCUGAAGCGGUACGCCGAGACUGCGAGAAAAGCGGGAAUCGAGUUCACGGAGUUUUCGGCACGAUGUGGCUUCUGCCUCAGUGUUCAGGCACUCAAAAGCAUUGAGAACUGGAAGAAAGAAGUGAAGAAAGAGAGAAGGGAAUUGAGGGGUCUGGAAAAAUUGAAGCCAGAGCUCAGGGAGGCCAACAUAAGAAAGAGAGCAGCAGAGGGAAAACUGGCGGCAAUUGAAAAUAUCACCAGAGAUACGGAAGAGAGACUCCAAAGAGAGGAAAGAGGAUCGGAAGAGUGGAUGGAGCUUCACACACAGGCCAUGAACAAUAUCAGAGAAGUUCUCCAUAACCCCGCUCCAGCCACAACACUGACCGAAUAUUUCGAGAUGGGAUUGGUUGUUUUGGCGAUUGCCGGACUCGCUAUGAAGCAAUUUAAGAAGGAGAGAAGUGACUGUAUCUGGACCAACCUCGGUGUUGCUCUCUCAUCGAUCGGAUUCCCGAGUGGAAGCGAAGCCGUCUGUGUCAUUUACAGCUUCUUGCUUCGGAAGAGUUCAAAAACAUGGCGGAACGGUGCAAUGUGGUUCUUCAUUGUCGCCUUUCUCGUGUUGAGCUGCUUUUCUUCUGAUCCAUCUGACCCAUCCUUGGACAACUACAUGACGUUUGUCUUUGGGAUCAUCCUGACCGAUGUGUUGAUCAUCAAACUGGGAAAAGUGAAAAUGGCCACGAAUAUCGCCUCGGGACUUCUCCUUGUGCUCAUUGCUGCUGUUUCAGUUGAUGCCACUUAUUGGCACCUCUUGGAGAACAUUCCUCUCUCGGUCUUCGAUUACAGGUUCCCGCUUAUUGCCUGUGCAGCAGCUGUUCUGAGGUAA